AUGGAGUUGGAAGUAGAUGAUGUAGGGACAACAGAGUCCAACUUGCAAGCCAAUAUCCAUAGUCUCUUAUUAACAAGUCCGAAACAAGUUACAUCCAAAUCAUCUCAUCUUGAGGACCAUGAUAAUGGCAAUGUCUUGGAUAUACCAAUGAUAUAUAAUAGAAUUGUUGAGGCACAUAGGAUGGUCAGACCAAUGGUCAGAGAGACACCUCUUGAUGUUAGUCCUAUCCUGUCAAAGAUGACUGGCUGCAACAAGUUGUUGUUAAAGUGUGACUUUCUACAACAUACAGGAUCGUUCAAGUAUAGAGGCGCAACAAAUCGUAUACGUCUGCUAACUGAUCGACAGCGUGUGGAUGGUGUCAUCACUGCAUCCACUGGCAACCAUGGCCAGGCCAUCGCCCUUGCCGCCAAACUGGCCGGCACUCACUCAACUAUAUACGCGCCAAAGAGUGCCGCACCCAUCAAGCUGCAGGCCAUCGAGGCGUUGGGUGGCACUGUCCAACUGGUCGAUGGAAACAUGUUGUUGGCUGAGAAGACAGCCAAUGCACACGCCCAGGAAAAGGACAUCUUGUACAUAUCACCCUACAAUGACAUUGACAUUGUUGCUGGACAGGGUACUUGUGGCAUGGAGAUAGUGGAUCAAUCAUUGCAACUUGGUUUGGAGUCAGUGGAUGCAGUGUUUGUUGCUGUUGGUGGCGGUGGAUUGAUCACUGGCACAGCGAUCGCAAUCAAACAACGUUGGCCAAAUUGCAAGGUGGUGGGAUGUUGGCCUGCCAAUGCAUGCAGUCUAUACCAGAACCUGGAGGCUGGAAGAAUAUUCGAGGCAGACGAACAGCCAACUAUUGCCGAUGGUACUGCUGGUGGAGUGGACGAUGGCGCCAUCACAUUUGAAUUAUGCCAGCAACUGAUCGAUGAGCGAGUGUUGGUCAGCGAGGAAGAGAUCAAAAGUGCCAUGAAGUUGAUCGCCAACACUGAUCGAUUUAUGAUCGAAGGUGCUGCUGGUGUACCCUUGGCCGCUGCCCUGAAAACAGCCAACCACUAUCAAAACAAGAACAUUGUCGUUGUACUCUGUGGCAGGAACAUAAUGUUGGAAAAGUACAUUAAAUCAAUCGAAGAGGUCUUGUGA